CGUUGUAUAAGAUGAGUGUUAGUUUUACAUUUUCCUUCCGGAUAUUAAAUAUAAUAACUAUAAUAUAAGAUGUCUACUCCAUUCGGUGUUGAUUUGGGUAACGAUAACACAGUUAUUGCCUGUGCCAGAAACAGAGGAAUUGACAUUAUUGUCAAUGAAGUUUCCAACCGUUCCACUCCAACUCUUGUUGGAUUUGGUAUGAAGGCCAGAGCCAUUGGUGAAUCAGGUAAGAACCAACAAACCAGUAACUUGAAGAACACUGUACACAACUUGAAGAGAGUCUUGGGUUUGGACUACAAGGACCCAGACUUUGCCAUUGAACAAAAGUACUUCUCCGCUCCAUUGCUUGAAAACAAGGAUGGUGGUGUUUCCACCAAGGUUAGAUUCUUGGGUGAACAACAAGAAUUCACUGCCACUCAGUUGACCGCCAUGUACUUGAACAAGAUCAAGGACAUCACUGCCAAGGAAACUAAGCUUAACAUUGCUGAUAUUUGUUUGAGUGUCCCAGUUUGGUACACUGAAAAGCAAAGAAGAGCUGCUUCUGACGCUUGUAAGAUUGCUGGAUUAAACCCAGUCCGUAUUGUCAACGAAGUCACUGCCGCCGCUGUUGGUUACGGUGUCUUCAAGGCUAACGACUUGCCAGAAGAUGAACCAAAGAAGGUUGUUUUCCUUGACAUUGGUCACUCUUCCUUGCAAGUUUCCGUUGCUGCUGUCAAGAGAGGUGAACUUAAGAUUUUGGGAUCUGCUUAUGACAAGCACUUUGGUGGUAGAGAUUUCGACUACGCCAUUGCUAACCAUUUUGCUGACGAAUUCGUUGGUAAGUACAAGAUCGAUGUCAGAGAAAACCCAAAGGCUUUCUACAGAGUUUUAACUGCCGCUGAAAAGUUGAAGAAGGUUUUGAGUGCCAACACCCAAGCUCCUUUCAACAUUGAAAGUGUCAUGAACGACGUUGAUGUUUCCAGUAGUAUGAACAGAGAUGAAUUGGAAGAAUACGUCCAACCAUUGUUGAACAGAGUCCACAUUCCAAUUGAACAAGCUUUGAAGGAUGCUGGUUUGUCUGUUGAAGAUGUUGACCUGAUUGAAGUUAUUGGUGGUUGUACCAGAGUUCCAUCUUUGAAGGCCAAGGUCCAAGAAAUCUUCGGAGGUAAGCAACUUUCUUUCACCUUGAACCAAGACGAAGCCAUUGCCAGAGGUAACGCCUUCAUUUGUGCUAUGCACUCUCCAACCUUGAGAGUCCGUCCUUUCAAGUUCGAAGAUUUCAACCCAUACACCGUCUCCUACUUCUGGGACAAACAAGAAGAAGAUGAAGACCACUUGGAAGUUUUCCCAAGAGGUGGUCUUUUCCCAUCUACCAAGAUCAUUACCUUAUUCAGAAAGGGAGACUUCACCGUUGAAGCUAGAUACACCAAGAAGGAAGAAGUUCCAGCUGGUACCCAACCUGUUGUUGCCAAGUGGGAACUCAAGGGUGUUGUUCCAAGCGAAGGUGAAACUUCUAUUGCUUGUAAGUUGAAGUUGAGAAACGACCCAUCUGGUUUCUACACCAUUGAAUCUGCACACACUGUUGAAGAACAAUUGGUUAAGGAAUUGAUUGAAGAAGAACCAAAGGAAGAAGGUAAGGAAGAUGAAGAAGAAGAAGAAUCCGAACCAAAGUACAGAGAAGUUAAGAAGCUUGUCAAGAAGAACGACUUGGAAAUCAUCUGUACCUCUGCUGCUCUUCCAGCUGAAGAACGUGAAGCUUUCACUGAAAAGGAAAACUCUCUCACCAUGUCUGAUAAGCUUGUUGCUGACACCGAAGACCGUAAGAAUGCUCUUGAAGAGUACAUUUACGAACUUCGUGGUAAGCUUGACGAUCAAUACAAGGACUUUGCUUCUGACGAUGAAAAGUCUAGAUUGACCGAAAAGUUGGCUAAGGCUGAAGACUGGUUGUACGAUGAUGGUUACGAUGCAUCCAAGGCUAAGUACAUUGCUAGAUACGAAGAAUUGGCCAUGAUUGGUAACAUCAUUAGAGGUAGAUACUUGGCUAAGGAAGAAGAAAAGAAGCAAGCCUUGAGACAAAAGCAAGAAUCCAGAGCUGCUGACGCCAUGGCUGAAAAAUUGGCUGCUGCUAGACAAGCUUCCAAGGAAGAUGUUGAAAUGAAGAACUAGAGGGGUUGAAUUCUUUAUACACUGAUAUAUAUAUAUAGUUUUGAAUAGAAGUAAAGUGAGAAGA